AUGCAAGCGCCGCGAAUGGGGCGUCGCGACGUCGACCAGUUGCUAAGAGCUUCCCGCCCGAUCACCAGCUUAUCCCAGCUCUCCGAGCUUCCUCAGCUGCCCCAACCCUCCUGUGGUGACCCCUUCGCCUUGUCGACCACGCCGGUGCCCGCUGGUGUUUUGGGAGACCUUGCUGCUGGCAGUCAAGUAGCCUCCUCGCCGAUUCUCCCCAGCGAGUUUUACACCCCAGCCACACCGCCCCAGCGCCAGCGACGGACAAUUCCCCUCAGUCAGGACUCUGUCACCUCCUUCCGGCGAGACGACCCCUCUCCAACCCCGUCGUCUCACCGGACUCUUCGUCGAACCUCCGGCUUCUACUCCAACCCUAGCCCUCGUCCCGUCCCCCUCGAUACCCCGACUCCCUCUCGCCGGCCCCACUACCUCGAAGCCGCCGCCGCCGCCGCCACCGCUACCGUCGGCAUCCACAGUCCCCGGCCCUUUCUCGAGAUCCCGGGACCCUACGAGCAACCCUUCGAUCCCCUCCGGCGGCAGCCCUCCCAGAGCUCAAGCGACGACGAACAACCGCCGGCCGAGCGCCGGCUCUCUUUCCUUGAACACAAACGCCGACUGGCAGCAAGGGCCAGUCCAACCCCGCAGUACCCAUCUAGUCGGCUCUCGAAGCAUAGGAGGAGUGCCAUUCUGUGGGCUCUCGAGGACGCACUGAGACAACCACAUCCUUUCACCCCCGACCUAGAAGAAGAAAACGCCUCCAUGGCCGACCUCCUCGGGGCCAAUGUUGCCCCUCCCACGACCAAUGGCCAGCCUGCGUCGUCUUCUCGACCCACUGCCUCGCCGUCCCAAACCGGUUCUCCUCAGCAAGUCAUCCGUGGCCCGCGUGUGAUCAUGCGCGAGCGUGCUGAGCGUGAGGCUAGACAACGCGCCGAACGGGAACGAGAGCAAAUGGAGCGCGCACGCGCUGAAGAAGAAGCCCGGCUAUUAGAAGAUUCGCGGCGUCAAGCAGAGCAGAGGCCGUCCGUUGCUGGCGCUGGUUCUGCUUCCGAUGUACCCCCAACAACCGACCCCCUGACUCAGCGUCGCCAACAACGUGCCCAGGAGUCAGCUCAAGCGUCUUCACGCCUACAAGCAGGUAUGGUGUCACCAACCCAGUCGCAACCUCCAGCCACUGUGCCGCCUUUGCGUACGCGAGUUCCAGCGACAACCGAGCCCCAAGCUUCCACUAGCUACCCCCCUACCUCCCAGCCCGAUCUCAGCACUCCGGCGCCAGCCCGGACCGGCGAGUCUUCCCAUGGCCUUGGCGGGACCAGGAUCAGAAACACGUUCCCCCAUGCAUUUGAGCGUUGGGAAGCCCUCUCAGCGCACUGGGAAGGCAUGACGAGCUUCUGGCUGCGCAGGCUCCAAGAAAAUACAGACGAGGCUCAGCGCAACCCGAUCCACACCCAGCUCUCGCGCCAAGUUGCCGACCUGUCUGCUGCCGGGGCGAAUCUGUUUCAUGCUGUGGUCGAGCUGCAACGGCUGCGCGCCAGUUCGGAACGCAAGUUCCAGCGCUGGUUUUUCGAAACGCGCGCCGAGCUGGAGAGGCACCAGGAGGUUAAUGCCAUGCUCGAGGCCCAGAUGGAACAAGAGCGUCAAGCGAGAGCCGAAGCACAAGCAGCCGUGGCCGAGAAGGAGGCCGAGAACAAGAAGCUCCAGAAACUGCUCGCCGAGAUGCGACGAGAGCUGCUCAUCUCAAAGGAAGAAGCGCGGCGCGCCUGGGAAGAACUUGGCCGUCGCGAACAAGAAGAGCGCGAUCGCACUCUCUCACUACAGCAGGGUCACCCGACCCUUGUGGGCGGCGUUCAAGUCGUGCCCAUGACGCACGGUAUCCCAAGCCGUACCACAAGCCGGCAUGCUCGCUCGCAAAGUCAAGCCACAACAACCUCGGAAUAUGCCGCCGCGCAGACAGGCCAGUACCACGAGUAUGGAGCGGCGCCCGCUCCUGUCGUGCCACCAUCAACUUCAGCGGGAUCAGAUUUCCCCGGUGAUGGCUAUUAUCACCGAGGAGAUCCCGCGGGCCACGACAUGGCUGACUAUGGGGCUGGCUCUGAUGCGGGCUACAGCGAAGGUGAGUACAUGAUCGACGCGUGCGGUAACUAUGUGCGCGACGAGCACGGCAACAGGAUCCCCUUCCACAGCCCGUCAGCGUCGCCGAGCCGCGGAGGGCGAAGAACCAAUGCGCCCGGCGGAUCCACCGCCGCUGCCGCUGCAGACGACUACUUGACUGGAAGAACAACCCCGGGAUCGUCGCAGCCGCCGCCGUCGAGCCACUAUCCCCCGACCAGCUCACAAUGGCCCGCUGACCCGUACUCAGGCCAGGGUUAUGCUACGCCAGGCUGGGAAACGAUGCCCCGACACCACCACCCAACUCGAUUGAGCGAUGUCAUUGAAGAGGAUGAACGCAGCCGUACCUCGAUCAGUCAAGUUAGUCGAGCUUAA